AUGGAAAUCCUGGCAACUGCUCUGCUUCUGAUCUCUGCAGUGGUCACCCAGGUUGGGCCGACAUUGCUCAGGGGUUUCCAAUGCGUCGAGCACUCCCAGCCUUGGACAGCUGCCCUCUUUGAUGGUCCGAAAUUCCUCUGCACGGGGACGCUGAUAAAUAAGCGGUGGUUGGUCACUGCUGCCCAAUGCCACACUGGCCGACCCCUCUUCGUGAGCCUCGGUGAGCACAGCCUGUGGCACUUCGAGUUCACGGAGCAAAUGAGGAUUGCGAUAAAGGCCAUCCGCCACCCCUUUUUUGACAGCACCAGCAAGGCUAACGACAUCAUGUUGGUCAAACUUCUCAUCCCGGCCUUCAUCAACAAGAACGUCCGGCCGCUAGCCUUGCCAAGACGCUGUCCUGCUCCUCACAGCUACUGCGUGCUGCCUGGCUGGGGCUCCCCUGUUAUGGGGAAAGUGUUGUUGCCAGAUGUCUUGCACUGUGGAAAUAUCACCACUUUGAGCGACUCGGAAUGCUUGGAGGCCUAUCCCAGGGCCGUGACGAAAAAGAUGCUCUGUGCCACUGUGAAAAGGGGUGGCGCGGAUUCCUGCCAGGGCGAUCCUGGCUCCCCGCUCAUUUGCAACAACGAGCUACAGGGAAUCACUUCCUGGGGCUUUGAAGAUUGCUCCCUAGUGGAGUGGCCCAGCGUCUUUACCAAAGUUUGCAACUACAUCAACUGGCUGGAACAAACGAUGGAUUACGCUUAG